AUGGGGAAGUGCAGGUUAAGGAUAAUAUCGCUAAAUUCCAGGGCUUUUCCGUUUACGAAAAUAGCGUUGGAUAUACUUGCCGCAAGCUGGAACAAAAGGCAUAAUGCGCUAGCUUUAAUAACCGCUUUAAUUACGCUUUUAAUUAAAGCAAACUUUGGGUUUAGCAAGGUGCCGGCGUUGUCGAAGCAAGGAGCAAUGCUGGUUGCGGCGAAAGCGGCCGUUCCGUACUUAAUAAGCGUUUUAACCUGUUUGUAA